UCAUCAUCAUGAAUCCUUCUCUGUUCUUCUGUUUAGCCGCCUUCUCCGUUUAUUCUCUUUCCUCUGCAGAAGCCGAUGAAAGCCCCAGUGGCUUCACCGUCGACCUUAUCCACCGUGACUCACCGCUCUCACCCUUCUACAACCCUUCCCUCACCCCAUCACAGCGCAUCAUAAACGCUGCCCUACGCUCAAAUUCUCGACUAAACCGACUUUCUUCUCAUCGCUUAGAUCAAACCAACAAGCUACCCCAAUCAAUUUUGGUCCCUGACAACGGUGAAUACCUCAUGAAAUUUUACAUUGGCACCCCUCCAGUUGAAAGGCUUGCCAUUGCAGACACAGGGAGUGAUCUCAUCUGGGUACAAUGUUCCCCUUGUGCAAGCUGUUUCCCCCAAGAUACCCCAUUGUUUGAACCACUCAAAUCUUCCACGUUCGUGGGUACCACAUGUGGCACACAACCAUGCACGUUACUCCAAAAUGGACGAGGUCAAUGUGGAAACUCGGGUGAAUGCGUCUACUUGUACGAAUACGGUGACAAUUCAUUUUCUGCAGGGCUUUUGAGUACCGAAACCCUAACUUUUGAUGAUUCACAAGGUGGAGCACAAACAGUUUCUUUUCCUAACACCAUCUUCGGAUGUGGAUUGUUAAACAACUUCACUGUUUAUUCCAGCACUAAACUCACUGGUCUAGUGGGUCUCGGAGCUGGACCGUUGUCGCUGGUUUCACAAAUCGGUGACCAAAUCGGUCACAAAUUCUCCUACUGUUUGCUUCCUUUCAGUUCAACCUCCUCCAGCAAGUUGAGAUUCGGGAACGAAGCAAUUAUAACGGGAAACGGGGUUGUGUCCACUCCAAUGAUAAUCAAACCGUCGUUACCCACCUUUUACUUUCUCAACCUUGAAGCCGUCACCGUUGCACAGAAGACGGUGCCGACUGGCGGCACUGAGGGCAACGUGAUUAUUGAUUCCGGCACGGUGUUGACGUAUCUGGAGCCAACCUUUUUCUCCACAUUCGCGGCUUCGUUACAAGAAGCCCUUGGCGUUGAACUGGUGCAAGAAGAUAUUCCCUCCCCGCUAAACUUCUGUUUUCCAUAUCGUGAAAACUUCGCUUUUCCUGAAAUUGCGUUUCAGUUCACCGGAGCUACUGUUCCGCUGAAACCUAUAAACCUGCUUAUUCACAUCACAGAUCGAAACAUGCUUUGCUUGACAAUAGUGCCAAGCACAAUGACCGGAAUUUCCAUCAUUGGAAGUUUUUCACAGUUUAAUUUUCAUGUGGUGUAUGAUCUCGAAGGAAAGAAAGUUUCUUUUCAUCCUACUGAUUGCAGUGGCUCAAGUAUCUGA